CUUGUACCUAACAGAGCUCAGGAGCAGUUUGCACUGUCGGGAACCGUCAUCACAAGUGCUCUCCAGUCACACUUCACGUCGUUCUCAACACACUACUUACAAAUGACGCUUAAUAACGACAGCGGCCCGUCCGCAAAGGUGCAUCUAUCUAAAGAGGACUAUGGCCUGCUCGUUACCUGGAUGGAGAUACCUGAGAACUUUGCUGCAGCUCAUGGCACCAGCAAGAAGACCACCGUCUCGAGAGGGUCCCAGAAGACAAAGACGCAGGCUUUCAAUGAGCUGGCGGUGUAUUUAAACACACACACGAAGACAUCUAAUCUUCCUACGCUUACGGGAGCAAACGUGCAGCAGCGCUGGCGAACAUACAAGACGAAGAAGUUCCAGCCAACACUAAAAAAGAGCCGCACGGAGACGGGUUUGGGGAUGUCCAAGAAGGAGAUGAGGCAAGGCUUUUCAAUCCAAGGCAAGUUGGACAAGCUGUGCCCACACUUCGCGCGUAUGGAAAAGCUGUUCGCUACGAGGGAUAAUGUUCGAGCUCCAGCAACAUUACAACUUGGCUCGCUUCAGCAACAUGCUACCGGACGAAAUGUGUCAGGCUCUAAACACGGCGAGGAGGACAAAGAAAACCGUUUUAAAGAGAUCAAUAGUGUUGAUAGCGGUGAUGACAGCCUCAACUCAAGUGGAAGUGACCCCAACGACCAAAACGACGAUCCCGAUGGACCCGCUGCUGGUGGCGCGGUAGCUGAUCUUCAAGAUGAUGAUAGCGCAGACGAACAAGAACCUUCAGAUUACGAACAUGAAGCAUCAAACUUGAACGCCCGAGCGAUUGAACCAGACAAUUUAUUUGAGCCGACCCCACCUGAAGGUGCUCUAUGGACUACAGAAGAAGAGGAUGAGCUACUCUCCGUGCCUUUCAUGCUAGCGUUACUUGGCAACGCCGCGCUGGACCACUCCCCACGGCAACCACAGCAACGAACAGACGCUCCUGCUAUCGGCCAAAGUGGUCCACAUCUAGUAGCCUCUAUCAGUACGGAGCCAACUGCGCUUCCGGAAGCCUCACGCACGACGGUUUCGACCACUCACCCCUCUUUCCAGCGCGGUAGAUCGCGCUCGAAGCUAUUAAAGAGAAAGUCACAAGCCCCAGAUACCAACUCUGGCAAAACGAAACCACAGAAGAAGAAGAAACGUUCAAGUUCCGGCAGCUCGGACUCUAUCGACAAGGAAAAGCCAAAGCGAAUGACUGCUCACGAGAGCAGAGCGUCACUAUCCUUUGCUUAUGCAAAAAAUGGAGAAGACAAAAUCAAUUACAUGAAGAAAAAGCUGGAGCUGGACGAAAAAAUGUGGAAGGAGCAGCGAAACGCAAACAAAGCCCAGCAGGAACGUGACCAACAGCUUCGCACUCAAGAACUGAAGGAGCGCCGAGCUGCGCGUCGUCAUGAUAUGUUUAUGUCACUGGUGGCAGCACAGAAGACUCCGGAUGAAAUCAAGACGCUUAUGGACCUCUAACAAACUGGACUGUAGCCGCCACCAUCGAACCCAUUUCGAAAGCAAGGUGUCUAUGACGCUCGCUAGUUUUCAGUUUUUUUAAGUGUUAGUGGUGCAUGCGUUCAUAAGUAUUGCUUACGGUUAAUUUCAAUUUUUACUAGCU